AUUUUUUUUCGUUACCUUCGAUUUCUUCACUUGUUUAUUCAGUGCUCGUUAGAGACAAUUUAGUCGAAUUCGAGGCGCGUAACGAAAUGCUUGCCAUCCUCCUCACCUUAGCCGCCUGUCUCUCAGCUGCUACGUCCCAGGUGGCCAACGUCGAGCUGAUUGAACAACUGGAGCAUAGGCUCGACGAAGAGACCACGCAGUGUAUAAGAUCGACGGAUGCGGACCCGUUGGAGGUGGAUACGCUCUGGCACACCAGAACGUAUACAGAGAGCAGCACUCUGAAAUGCUACCUUCAGUGUAUGUAUCUUAAGCUAAACUACAUAAGCGAAAGUGGAAAUUUCGCAAGCGACACCAUCGUUUCCUCAAUUACCAACGCCACCGCCUCCAUUGUUAGUGGCUGCGUCGAUCAGGCUAGCGGUGCUGUCGACGGAUGCGAUAAGGUGUACCAGUUUUCGUCUUGUCUGACGAACAAUAACCAAAUUACUAUAAUGCAAAUAUUGUAAAUGGACACCCAGUAUGUUUAGGUGUACUUCGGGACAUGGAUUUCUAUAACUGCCCUUUACAUAUAAUUUUAGAUAACUCGUAUUAAAAUAACUUGCACUUUAAUAUGUUUUCCUACUAAGGAACUCGUCAUUCGCUGGAUUGGCCAACGACGGAAGCUCAGUAUUCUAUUGACUUAAUGGAAAAAUAAAGAAAGCACGUAGUUCAA